CUCUUCUUAUUAAUCUCUUGAGGAAACUCUCUCAAAACCUCAAGCUCUCAAAACACAUAAACUCACAAGUUAUGCAACAUACUUGCAUCUCCUUAUAUAUCACUAUAAUUAUCCUAAACUCAUUAGGAUAAACAUAACUUAAAUAUUUCCUAAUCUCUCUAGAUAACUAUAACUCAAUAGUUUUUAGGAAACUUGCUUCUCAAGCUAUUUCAAGCUUAUCCAACAAGCUUUUCUUUCUCUGGGAACUUAUGUGAUAUGUUCAGACAAGUUUAAGGAAACAUGGACCGGAUUUUCGUUGGAGUCAUUCCGUUAUGUAAUAAUAAACAUGAAAUUAAGCCUCCCUUCUGUUGCUAUGGUAUGUUUGGAAUAUUGGGCGUUCGAGAUUCUUGUGCUAUUGGCAGGAUUGAUGCCGAAUCCAGAAAUCACCACAUCUUUGGUAGCUAUAUGUGUCAACACGGAAGCGGUUAGCUACACGUUAACAUGCGGCCCUAGCGCAGCUGCAAGUACGCGUGUGUCAAACGAGCUUGGAGCAGGAAAUGUAAAAGGCGCAAAAAAAGCGACUUCUGUUACCGUUAAGUUGUCUUUAGUUCUUGCUCUCGGCCUAGUUGUUGCUUUACUUGUAGGUCACGAUGGUUGGGUUGGGUUAUUCAGCAGUAGUCAUGUGAUCAAAGAAGAGUUUACAUCAUUGAGAUUCUUUCUUGCUGCCACUAUAACUCUUGAUACAGUCCAAAGUGUUCUAUCAGAGUGGCCAGAGGAUGCGGAUGGCAACGUGUAGUCACACUUAUAAAUCUGGGAACUUUCUACCUGAUUGGAAUGCCUAUUGCAGCCUUUUGUGGUUUUAAGUUGAAGUUGUAUGCCAAGGUACUCUCUUAUGAGACGGUGAUAAGGCAAAAAUUUAUAUUUCUAUUUUUGAUUAAUUGUUCUGGUGAAAACAGGGUUUGUGGAUUGGUAUGGUAAGUGGGAUAUUUUGCCAAGUUCAUCACUCUUGCUUAUGACAAUUUUUCGGAAGUGGAAAAAGCUAGAUGCUUCGGUAGAUUAA